AUGAAUGCCCCUGGCGAGCGCCCUUCUCCGAGUCGAGUGGAGGAGGUGGCUCGCAAAGCGAUCGAGCUUGAGGAUGAGAGUGAAUCCGUACCCUCAUUCCUGUGGAACGCCAUUUCAGACUUCCUGACCACGAACCCGGCCGAUUUCAACUUUCUGCUGGAGAUCAAGGCUGGUGACUCUGGGAACCCGUUCGGAACUGCUACUUUCCCCUCAGCCGGCCUGCAUGAGCAGAAGUUGAGUCAACCUGCCUCAUCGCCUUUUGCAUCUUCCUCAUUUCCUGGACCGUCCUCUACUCAGUCCUCAACCCCUACCAACCACCGUCCCUCCCCCCAUUCCCGACCCUCCAUCUCCUCCUUUCCGCUGGUGAAGCCUGAGCCCUUGCAGGGGGAGUCCCAGCGCGUCAACAUGUCGUCGCCUACCGUGAGCGCCACAAGCAAGGGCAAAAACAAACACAAGCAACCGACGAUCAUCUCCUUACUCGAUAGCGACGAUGACGAAGACAUCGUCCUCGUCGGGUCUAGCAAACCCGCAGUCAAGGCUGGUCCGCCGCAGUCGGAGCAAGUCUGGAAGAAAAUGAACAUUACAGAGAAGAUGGACGCACUGAAGCGGGAGCGCAAGUGCUUGAGGAAGGCUUGCGACAGCUGUACGAACGAAGGUCACAAAAAGCUGAUCAUGGCUCGUCGCAAUGAGCUGCGUGGUCUCUCUGCAGGACUCGUGUUUAGAAUCUGGGAGCCUCCUAACCCCUCGCUGUUCAAGGCCAUUCCGUUCCACAAGUAUGACAUGAGCGAAGCACUUCGCGCCACCAUCAAGCCGCCCGCGCCUACCGCUCCUGAUUCCGCCGAGCCUUCCUCCGAGCCUUCUGGAGGUGGCGGUGCACUUAGGUCCACACCCCCUUCGUCGGCUGCUAUUGUUAGCGGUGGCAUCCCCCCCAGUGGCGAUAGGGCGCCAUCAGACAUGAGUGGUAGAGCCACCGAUGCCCUGCAAGCCGUCAACUCCACUUUCGAAGGCCUCGUUAACAGCAUGAAAUCCUUCGCCGAGGGGGCCGGCAAUCUCUUCAAUCCCCUCGCACAGAGGCUGGCCGCCGGCGGAAUCGGUCCCACCAUCACUGGAUUGCCUGGUCCGAGUGUCUUCCCCGGCGGCUUCGACUUCGCCGACCUCCAGGCGAGGAGGGCGCAGAUCGAAGAGGAAUUCGGAUACGAUCUCAACGCUUUCUUCAAGGACUCUCUCGAAGACUUCUCUGAGGACGCAACCGUGGACGAAGGUCUCAAGAUUCUGAAGCUGAACUCGCUCCAGGACAAGCUUCCCGGCGCAAACUUUGUUCUGCUCCCUCACCAGCGUGAAACCAUCCGCGGCGGUCUGCUGUGUGAUGCGAUGGGCUUGGGCAAAACUGUCCAGUGCAUCGGCCUCAUGUUGGCGCGUGACGAGCGCCCUGACGACUUUAAGGGGUGCCCUCAGCUCAUCAUUGCCCCUCUGGCACUUCUUAAUCAUGCCGAGUCAGGCCUCAAGACGAAGAACCAGCGCAAGCAGGCGCGUGACCGUCGCAGGGAGCAAGGCAGCGAUUACGAGAGUGAGGAUGAGGUCCCAAACAAAAAGGGUCCCCUUUUCCGGACCAAGUGGUUCCGCGUCACUAUCGAUGAGGCGCACCAGAUCAGAAACCGCCAGACUAAGACGGCAAAGUCCGUCCUCGCGCUUGAUUGUCUUCACCCCUGGAUCCUCACUGGAACCCCCAUUGUCAACACUCUGGCCGACCUGGGACCACCUCUCGUGUUCACUGGCAAGGUUGACUUUGAAGAGUUCCACAAGAAGAUUGUCUCUGUCGAGAGAAAGCUGGCUUCCAAGCGUGCUCAGGCUGCACUGCGCGGUGUCAUGCUGCGCCGCAAUAAGGACACCGAGGUCGACGGGAAGCGUAUCCUCAACCUUCCUCCGAAGACGACAAACAUGGAUCCUCUCCACUUUGAGGCUGAAGAGCGUGCAAUCUAUGCCGCCAUUGAGCAGCGAGCCCGAGUUCGUGUGAACAAGUUCAUCAAGCAGCACUAUAGUGUAGUCCUCGUCCUGCUCACUCGUCUCCGUCAGUGCGUCAACCACCCUUGGCUUUUGAGGCGCAAGGAAGGUGAAGCCGGUCGUGAUGAUGAUAUGCUCGUUGACGACGAUGUGUUCACCGGCAACAUGACCGACACGCGCGACAACGACGCGGACGAGUACGGUCGCGCUGUCGCUCUUCUUGGCAAGGAGACAGUGGACAAGAUGGCCAAGAAGCUCGAGGACCGCCACAACGCAAUGUGCAGCGACGCUAGCGGCGACGAUAUCGACAUGGAGUGCAGCAUCUGUUACGAGCCCUUCGUUAACAACGAGUUCAUCACCGCCUGCAGCCACUUGUACUGCAGGACUUGUCUCGACAAUCUCUUCGUGCAGCCCGCUCGCGACGGUUCACUGCUGUCCGACGAGGAAGCGCAGCGUGGAUGCCGAGCCUGCCCUCUCUGCCGCACGCUGAUCGAGCCUGGCCGCGUGUUCCGUGCCAAGGCCCUCUGGCAGCCCCCAAGUGACGAGAAGCCGGAUGUCGAUGAGGCCCUGGAGGAUGAUGAGCCUGGCCCCAGCGAGGUUCGCGACAAGGGCAAGAAGCGUGCAGCUUCCGUGGAUCUGGACUUCUUCGAGAAGAAGCCUCGCCUUGAGAAGGGCAAGGGGAAGGAGAAGGUUAUCGACAUUGACAUGGAUGAGGAGAAGGACGAGCUCGCCGAUAAGAACGAAGUGGUCAUUCCUCCUUCGACGAAGAUGCGCCGCAUCCUCAUGUCGCAGAACGAGCGCGACGAGUCGAUCCGCCGUUUCUCGAUGCCUUCCUCGAUCGCAGACCCUAUCAACGUCAUUCUGAUUUCAACAAAGGCCGGUGGAGUCGGUCUCAACCUGACGAUGGCGACUAAGGUCAUCAUGGCGGACCUCGCCUACUCCCCAACUACCGAGGCACAGGCUGUGGACCGCGCGCAUCGCAUCGGUCAGACCAAGGAGGUUACCGUUGAGCGUCUGGUCAUCUCUGACACUGUCGAGGACCGCCUGCUCGAGAUUCAGGAGAGGAAGGGUCUUCUCGCCGAUGGCGCUCUCGGAGAGGGCGCAAUUGGCAAGCUCGGCAAGCUCUCAGUCAAAGACAUUAGUUUCCUCUUCGGCAUUGGCGCCGAGAUGCAGAGGGACGAUGAUGAUUAA